AUGGCUGAAGCGACGCCCGACGAUCUGUGGACCCCGUACAAAUAUUUGUUGAACAGCAUCGAAGGUUAUUUGUUGCCCCAAACUGACUACGCCGACACAAACAAUGCCGUCAACCUGGAGGCGCUCCUGCGGAAGCAUAAACAAAACUUUAUCGCCCUGCUGAGAAACCCACCAAAGAACGCGAAAUGCCGGGACGCGAUCCGACAGGGCAUCACCGAUGGCAUCACGCUGCCGGAGUUUGGGCACACCAUCCUCUCGAAGGAGCUCGUCGACGAGAGCAUCAUCCUGUCGGACAUGUUCGAUCUGAACGAAUAUGUCGCGCUGGAGUUGCUUUGCACGUCGCAGCAGCAGACAGUCAAUCAUCCGGGACUGACCCGGGGCUUGGUGGCUGUGUUGCUUUACUACGAUGGACGCAAGUCUCUGGUGGCAAGCUUGAAGCAACUAUUUAAAUCCCGUGCCGGUGUUUCGUGGUGUACGGACGCUUCUCCGGAGGUGACCAACAUUGUUACCUCCUACACCGACGGUCUCGUAGCGGACGGAAUGCUCGAACGUAUCAUCGACCUGCUGAAUGAGCUGGACAUUACGAAAGAGCUCGACAUCCUCACGACUAACCGUGCCCUCGGGCCACCCAAGCACCACCGGCAAGUGUUGGACUUGUUUGAGGAAAUCCGGCUCCUGUUGGCCCAGUGUCUGUACUAUUGUGCGGCCCAAGCCGGUCUGCCGCGCAGCGCAUCGGUGAAGUUGAUUCAGUACUUGCGCGGCUACAAGUACGCCGAAUCGAGCGGUGGAAUCGACGACGUUACGGUGACGCUCCAGAUGGCUCUGCUGUAUGCGUUCGAUUUGAGCGUGUUGCUGCGGCGCGAGGAUGGCGAAGAGCUGGUGAAGAAUCUUCCGAUGAUCAAGGACGAGCUGUACAUUGACUUCCUGAUGGACGCGCUGUCCAGUGGUUGGGAGAACGACGGUCUGCACGCACUGUCGCUGUUCGCGUUCGGACUGUCAAUCGCCACGCUUCGGCUCGCGCCACAAACACUGUUCCAGGAAACGGGCAAAAUCAUCGAACAGGACGAACUGCUCGUGAAUGGGGCCAUUCAGGGGAAAGUGUUCGACUUUCUGUACUACACGUUCUUCGAGAGUGAACUGAUCUACGAGACCGAGUUCUUCUACCGGCGCAUCCACACCCUUUUUGCCGACUUCAUCGAGUUGAUGCACUCGAAGGUGACGGAACUGAGGGGCCGGGCGGACGAAACGGCCCGCACCGUACAGCUGUACCAGCAGCAGGGUGUCGAACCGCCGGCCAAUCUUUGUCACAACUUCGAGACGCUCCUCCUGUCCGUGGGGAAGUUUUACGGCAACGAUCGGCUGCAGCUUCACCUCAGCGUCGAGUACUGGGGACCAUCGGAAUUCACUUCCAGCACGGCCCUACGGUCUUCGUCUCGCUCGGUGUGUUUGUUUAAAUUCAUUCGCCUCGCAGGUGAGCUGCUUCCACCGACGCUUUUCAUACCCUACCUCCGGAUGUUGGCCGGUCUAAGCUGCAACCCCCAAUCGGCGCGCAGUGCCUUCAACCUGCUGAAGCAGAGCAACGCGAGCCAUCACUCGUUCCCGCAGUCCGGAAACAGCACGAUGUCGUGGGACCAUUUCUUCAACUCUCUGACGGCGUACUUUCAGAGCCUGCGCUUAGAGCAGAGCCCCCACACGGAGACGGUGUACCGGAAUCGUAUGAUGAGCAAGAGCAUUAACCCGCAGGAAAUACUUGGCCUGCAGGCGGUGCUGCAGGUCAUUCAAUCGGUCGCUCGGUACGACGAAAUUUCGUGCCUGACACUGUGCGAGAACUCGCAAUGGCUCCUGCUGGAUGUGCUGGUGGGUCUGAUUAGCUGUUCGGUUCCGAUUCAGUUGAAAGCGGAAAUCGUGCGCACACUCGGUGCACUGGCCGGCACGUACGAGAUUGCCAUCCAGCUGUGGAAAAAUCUGGAAGACUCGCAAAUCAUCUCCACGGUCCCGAGUACGAGUAACUUUCAGACACGUGGCGUUAAGUCGGAACUGGAGGAGGUUGAGAGUCGCAACGAGACCUACCCACUGACGCACGCGAUGGUCGAUUUUCUGGCCAGCCUCAUGCGAACGGCCAUACCGCAAGAUCUCGGUGGUUCAACGCGUGUACCCGGCAUUCAUCCGUACCUGUCGUAUGUGAUCGAUACCGUGCUGUUGCGGCUGUUCAAUCGGAGCUACAAGGACGGGGCCGAAAAGUGGCAACUGGCGCAAAAGUGUCUACAGAUCGUGUACGCCUUCGUGCGGGACUACAAGUGCGAUGUACCGGCCGGGAGCGCGCUGAAGGACACGAAGGAAUAUCGUUACCCUCCCGCCUACCAAAUGCUCCUGCAGAUGAACACGAAAUCGGAGCUGUUGCGCUUGCUUCUACACAUCCUGGACGAGUCGGUCGUUUGCUUCGACACGUACGCUCCCUUCCCUGGCAAGAGCGCCCUCGAAGCCACUUCGCUGCUCUGUCUGCAAAUCAUGGAACGGGUACUGAACAUUCAGGAGAACUUUUUCACCAUACAUCUGAAUUCGCCAAACCCGGCCAUUCUGGUCGGCCUCGGCAAGCUGCUGCUGGGCAUGAAUCCUCGCAGUGGCAAGGCUGAUCACAUGCUGAACGUCAUGAAGCACAUCACGUACAGCUCGUGGCUCCCGGAGAACAGUCUCGUGGCAUUGCGCAUCCUUACGAUCAUCAUGGCGCAACCGGACGUGAAUCAGUUGAUCCUGGCACUGGUCACCCAAACGGAUGCCCUCAAGAACGAGAUACGUCAGGGGUUUGUCGAGUGUCUCGAGACGGACAUUAACAUCACCGAGGAAGUGCAACUUUCGCCAACGGACUCGCGUGCCGCAAAUAACGCUUCCCUGUUGACGCUGGAACCGGACCCCCAAUCCGGAGGAACGCCAGCCUCCGAAGUGUACGUGGCCAUGAGCGUAAAACGGGCGGUCAUCCAUCUCAUCCAGGAGUGUCUUCAGCAGCCCGUGGUGCCAAAUCUUGCGCACUAUCUGCUCGGGUACGAUUUAACGAAAGAGCUACACCAGACGAACCUGCAGCAGCCAGGGGUGAUGAAUUUUCCGAGCAACUGCUCCAAGUCCUUGAUCACGCUGUUGGAUAAACAUUUGGAGAACAUCAGAUCCGGAAGCGCCCUUUCGACGAGCUACAGCAAGCUGAUCGAGCAAGCCUAUUGCCUGCUGUACUGCAUCUGCCGGAACUAUCACACGUCGGAAGUGUUUUUGCGCUUCCUCCGUUCGUGUAAUGACUUUCUCUGUCGGCACACGGCCGCCUUCCCGUUCCCGUUUGCCAAAAACCCGUACCAACUGAACCAGAUGACGUUCCUGCUGAAAGCGAUCGUGAUCGAGCUCAAGUUAACGAGCGAACGCAAUCAGGCGACCCAGUUUGAAAUGAUUUGCAAAAUUCUGCUCAAAAUUAUGAACAUGCCGACGGCGGGAGGUGAAGUGUCCACGGCUGGACUGGGUGAGCAGCACUACUACACCAACACCAACCUGUCGCUGGCUGGCAUGCCCUCGAUGAGCAUGUCCUCGACGGCGGCAGUGAAGGAAUCGAGCGAGACGGCCAAACGGCUACUGUGCAUCUUGCUCGAUUGUGUGGACUUCGAGAUAAAACAGCUGGAGGAACCGCACUGGAAGUACUUUAACUCCGAAGUGCUACACGAGGUGCUGCAACGAUGCGAGAUCCCCGUUAACCGGAAUGCCCCGCACGGCCGUCGACGGUUGAUCGACAUUCGCAAGCUGCACGACUAUUUACUGCACGAACUGGGUUCGAUUCACUUUGCAACCGGCCAACGGGCGCACAUUGUGCAGGAAAUCAAAGCUAUCCUUCAGUAUGCGGUGCUAUUGAACGGCCAGCAGGAAAUUUGCACAUCCACCAUCCAGUUCCUGGAGGCGUGGGGUCAGGUGACCGAGGUACUGGUCAGCGUGACACCGGCGAUGAUCAUGUCCCUCGAAACGAAACAGAUCAUCAUCACGGAGAUACUGCAGAUCAUGCUCGGCAAAGCAGUGUCGAAGCAGAUCUUGGCCGAAUUGGCCAAUAUCGCUUCGUCGACCGUUUCCCUCCUGAUGGUGAAUCUGAGAAGCUGCUUUUUGCUGAAAUCGGAACAGCAAUCGCUUAGGCUGCUGUCCGAACGGAGUCACACGGGGCUUCCGAAUCUGGGGCCCGGAACCACCGAGGGUACAGUUCAAGAAGAGUUUAACGCCGCAUCGCGCCGAGGACGGGAUGUGGCCAACUACAGUAGUCUCGAACAAGCGAAUGUGCUCAGCUUGAAGUUUAUCCUGAAAAACAUUCUCGACUGGUUGCUCGUCAGCAGCGACGGUUCGCCGCAGCUCAAGAUGAACCUGUACGUGGCGCUGCUCAACUACAUGCACAUCAUCAAGGGCAACCAAGACAACCUGGAACGUGGCCAUACAAACGACAAAGAGGAGUAAGUAAUGGAUUCUUUCCUCAACAAUACCAUAAGUGGCUCGAAUCGGAAACUGUACGGCGAAGAGACCGAGGAUUACAAGCAGCUCAAGAUGAUAAUGGACAUUUUCAACGCCUUCGGCGACAGUCUGAUCGACGUAAUGUGCCAGGACUGUACGACUGGGCACGACAUCUGCAAGAUGCUGGCCAUGUCCUGCCUCGACAUGCUGCUCAGCAUUGAUGCGUCGGUCGACAUCAUCGAGUUUGUCGCACGACACGGCUAUCUGACGCACAUCGUUAACAGUCUACUGAAGCACGAUGACGCCUUGCGGCGCAUUCUGGACCGCAACCCGAACAGCUUCCGUGCGCUGUACGUGUACGAAAGCAAGAUGGCACUGUUGAGCCGCAUCGCGCAGUGCCAGAUUGGCGCGCGGUUACUGCUAGAGGAGGGCCUUCUCGGGAUACUGGGCAGUAUGAAGGUGUUUGAUCAGCACCGGGACGUGCAGCUACGGAUGAACGGUAAUCAUCUGGAGACGGGAAGUGACCCGAUGGGCUCACUGUCCCUAUCUGGCACCUCGUCGUCCUUCAUUCCACCGAUGGAGGCCAGAUAUCAGCAGAUACUGUUCCCGGCGCUCAAUCUGUGCGCUGCCAUCCUUUCCACGCUGGGUCAGGAAAACAGUUCCGUGAUCUGUCAGAUCAUUUACUUUUUCGUGUCACACAGUGACAUGAUCGAAACCGUGCUUCGGGCCGGCUCGCCUCGGAUGAAUCUGGGUCUAUUGAAGGAGCUGGCCAGCAUCACGAAUCUGGUGGCCCGAGCCGUCAAUCAGGAACUCUUCGAACAAACCGAUCCGGAUGCGAACAAAGCGUUCAGCUCACAGCUGCACCGCAUACACAAGUUUAUGAUGUGUCUUUUUCCGCGCUUCAUUGUUUCGGAUCAAAUGCUGAAAGAUCUCCAACCGAGUGCCUUCGAUAUAACCGAUCAGCGUCAACGAUCGCUGCACGUCAAGUACAUCCUCGAGGUGGCAGCCAACCUGUCUCUGUACGCGCGAAACUGUAUCUCGAAUCACGUCGUGGACCAUCGGUCGGUCAACGUAAUCUUUUCCCCGCAGUACGGCGGUGUCGAGGGAGCCACCGUUGCUCCGCUGCGUAAGGAAACGUUGGCCCCGGCGUACAACAGUUUGCACGAUCAGCAAUCGCACAGUCUGUACACCGUCAUUACGCAGCUCCGGUCCACGGUGGAGUACUAUCACAAGGAACGCAACAUACUGGAGAGCCUGCAGCAGCAGCGCAAUUCACUGCCAAGCAUCGACCUCGACAAGAACAUUCAACUACAGUACAUCGUGCUGACGGAGCGCGCCACGGCAAAACAGGAAGAAAUGCAGCGGUGCAUCUUUAUCAUCGAGCACUGCCUGUAUAUUCUGUGGGCGCAUCUUGACUUUUUCGUAUUGCAACUACUACCGAGUCACAAAACCCACUGCAAUCAGAUUGUCAUGAAGAUGUUCUCUCGCUUCUCGCCACUGCCAGAUUACAAAUUUGGUUCGAGUGAAACUGGGUGGACGGUCACGAAUGAGGAUAUUGCCGCGCUCAAAAAGACGCUCAUCGGUGUGUUCAACGAAACGUUCUGCAAGCAGCUGCUCGAGAUUGACCAGAAGCAGUCGGAGAAGGGCUACGUGGUGGCAUUUAUUCGGCGUAUUAAACAAUCGAUACAAUUCGUGCCGGUCAAGUAA